GACAAAGGAGCAACAGUGAGCUGUGAGAAUCAUGCUCUCCACUACACUGGUUGUCCUGCAGUUGCUGUGGCUCUCACUGGCCUCAGCAAGUCACUUCUAUGGAGGGGUGGUGACCUUCUCUGCCACAAUAAGCAGCAAUGGGAGCAUUGAGGUAGAACUUCGCAACAAGGCGACAUUCAGUUCAUGCCAGUACCAGUACGGGAGCUGUUACGGCAACUGGUACAGCUGUGGCUACAACAACCAAAUUGACUCGGGUGUAAUUGACAGAGGCAUCAAUGGUGUGAUAACUGCAUUCUCAUGGUGUCAAACAGAAACUGUUGUCAGCAAGACGCUAACAAGUGACAGACCUUUCCGAACAUUGGAAAGCAGCUGUUGUUGGAUCCGACUCCACACACCUUCUGUAUCCCCAUCGUGGAGUGUUUUGACUUUGGUGGAUUUAGGCAGAAGAUCUGACACUAACAAGCCAAACAACUCUCCUGAUAUCGCCAUCCUCCCUUUUCUACGAGUCCCUCAGAACUGCAAACGGUCCUACAAACCUAUGGCCUUUGACCCUGAUGGAGAUGUUGUUCGAUGCCGAUAUGGAAACCAGUAUGCUUCUGAGUGUGUUGACUGUAGAAGACAAGUGGGAUUCAGUGUAGAUGAGGCUACAUGCACACUUCUGUAUCUGGCUUCUGGAAACCAAGGAGUCCAUGGAUUUGAGUUGGUGGUGGAGGACCAUCCAUGGCACAAUCUUGACCUCUACUACUCUGAUGGAUCCACUUCUUACAGAUAUGGAAGGAAUUCACGGAGAAAGAGAAUGGUGACGGCUGCUACUACUACAACUGCAGCCCAAACUACUACUUCUGCUUUCCCCACUACUACAACUGCAGCCAAAACUAUCACUACUGCUUUUCCUACUAUGACAACUUAUCCCCCCACGACCACUCAAUGGCCUGCCACUACUACUAGACAUCAUACUACAACUCCUCCCACUAUCCCAUGGUGGUAUUGGUGGUAUACGACCACAACACAGCCUACAACUACUACACCACCCUAUACUACAACUUCUCCCCCCACUACCCCAUGGUGGUAUUGGUGGUAUACCACCACACCACAGCCUACAACUACUACACCACCCCAUACCACAACUUCUCCCCCCACUACCACAUGGUGGUAUUGGUGGUAUAUCAGCACACCACGGACUACAACUAGUACUGCCAUCACUAAUACAGUUCCUUCUACCACCACCACUACUAUUCCACCCACUUAUUCACUAGGGAGUGCUCCGUUCAGUGUGCUGCCCAUGCAAUUUGUUUUCCAAGUGGACCCACGUGUUCCCACUUGUGCUGAAGGAUAUUAUCUACCAAAGUAUGUUUCCCCAACACCCAGAAAUGGAGAGGUCAUUCUGGCACAAGCCGGAAAAGAAGUAGAAAUAAGAGUGAAGGCAAUGGCUCUUUAUUCACAAGCUGACAGGAUCAUAAUGACUGGACCACUGAAUGUCACCAAGCACAAAACCACUGCAGAUGAGUUCACCAUCAGAUGGACUCCAAUUCCUGAAAACCACGGACACUAUUUUCCUAUCUGCUUUGCUGUUGAAUUUAAAAAUGGAUCUUCUGUUUACCAAACUGAGAUGAGAUGUGUGCUGGUGAACGUUACAAAAGAACGAGUGAAUACAGUGGUCACCUGUCUGGAGUCUUCAAUGAUAGUCGAGGUGGAGAAGGCCACAUUACCUGAACUUCAUUAUGAAAAUCUGCGUCUGUCUGAUCCCAGUAACAUAGUCUGCAGCCUCCAAACCCACUCCAACAGCACUCACUUGGUCGCUAAAGUGCCCCUCAACGCCUGUGGCACCCAGAUCGAGGAGGAUGCUGAUAAUCUGUUUUUCAAGAAUGAAAUUACCACAGUGGACAAUACCUCUACCCUCAUCACCAGAAAACACCAGUUGGAAAUGAAGUUCUUCUGCCAGUACCCCAAAAGAGGAAACGUGACAUUCACCUUCAGCGCUCACAGAGACAAGGUGACCGUGUGGGACAAGGGCCUUGGAAAGUUCACCUACGGGUUUGAGUUCUUCCCAGAUCAGAGGUUUGUCUCCAGGAUAGACCCCCGGCUCUACCCACUCGAGUAUGACGUGGGUGAUCGCAUCUUCAUGGAGAUCGAAGCCACAACUACAGUCAACAACACAGAGCUGUUUGUGGAGUCCUGCAGAGCUGCACCCUACGACAACACCAACUACCCCCACCCCUACACCCUCAUUGAGAAUGGCUGCAACUUAGACCCAACACUGAUGGUUUAUCCGAGAAGUCACAACAGACAAUUCAAAUACAGCUUUGAGGCCUUCAAGUUCAUUGGCCUUCACGACCAGGUCUACAUCAGCUGCUCAGUGUUGAUGUGUGAAGCUGGAAACCCUCACACUCGCUGCUCUCGGGGAUGUCAGCCCAAUGGAGCAACAAGAGUCAGGAGAGAGGCAGUCAUUGAGUCAGGAACCCAUUAUGUGUCCCAGGGCCCCCUGCGUCUGAGGAGAUCUGUGGAGGCAGGAAACACAGGUCUGAACUUCAACCUCAACCUGGUCUUCAUCGCUGGCUGCGCUUUAGCCGCUGUAGGAAUGAUCUGUGGAGUCAUCAUUUACAAAUCCAAGAAAUCCAGUGUCAGAUACCAAGCUCUGCCUUCAGAUGAAACAUAGAAACACCACCUGCAGAUGCAACGAAAAACAUUGCAGUUUAUCAAUGGCGUGACUAAUGAAGAAUUAUGGUUGAAGGUGAUAUGGAUUUAUAUGAAGUUAUGUUUGAUUUUUUUCUUGCUGCACACAUUCGAUUUUUAGUUUAAAUGUGUGAGAUGUACUGUUGUUAAGUUUGUAUUACACACAUCAUGAUAUAAGAUACAAUAAAAAUAUAGAGAGACUUUUGUAAAAUGUGACUGAACAUGAACUAAGAUUGAGAGGUAGAAGAACACAGAAUAAGUCACAUCACAGAUUAAAACACACAUUUUCGCAGAAAUAAUUAUCAGCGCGGUCUUGUCUGUCUCUAAAUAUAGCAAUGCAAUUUAAUACUUAGUAAUGAAGUUUAGACCUCUACAAAAAUAAAAAUAUUCAGUACAACUGAAUUCAUAAACAUACCUUGAGGAAACACCAGAUUAAAGGGCUCAUAUUGGACCAUUUUCUGAUCUGUUAUAAUGUUGUUUCCUCCCCAAAAACUUACCUCAACUUUAGUUUGUGUCAUUCACACAUGUUUAACACACAAAUUGUGCAUAAUUCUUUUCUCCAAGGCAAAACACACCACCUUGUGUUGCCAUGUGGUAAUGCAGGAAAUGCUCCAUUGUGUUUAUAAACUCCAUAAACCUUCACUGGAAUCAUUUGGAUGAUUUCCGCCCUGGAAUUUCCAAUCUCUAUUUCACAAAAGGUAAAACAUAAAAGCUGUUAAUUUGAAAACGACUGCUUCAUGACAUCACAAGGUGGAACAGAGUAUUUUGAGCUUUGGAGAUGUAGACAGACUAAUAAGGUUACUCAGUAUGUACGUCGAGCUAAUAGGACUUGAUGUUUCAAUCCCUGAUUUGAGUCACUGAUUUUAAUCAUGGCCUGGUGUUCAUAAGUCAAGUUGUGUCAUUGGGGCCAUACUGCUUUUUCUACAAAUAAUCUCACAGCUUUUUAUUGAAACAGUUUUGAAAGCCCUUCUGGGACUGGUGUUGUGAAUAAGUCAAGGCUAUAAAAACUGUGAUACCCACAUCAGGUUACUGAAUUGUUAAUCUCCGUUUAUUGUAUCUGUCCCUAUUCAAAUAAACAAUUUAAAAUGUUUUUAAAAAGUGUUUUGUUGAUGAACCCACGAUAUCUCCAGAGGGCUAAGCAGUGAUACCUGGUGUCCCAGGUCUCUCAGCAUCUUGCCCUCCUGCUUUAUUUAACAGUCCAGGUGUCCUUUCUUAUCACCCAGAGCCAAUUGCUGCUCCUUUUUGCUGCAGUUGACAAGGAUGAUUUGUUGGAGGGAGGACCCUCCACUUUCUUUAACAUAGAUGUCAUAGAUCAGUGGUUCUUAACCUUGUUGGAGGUACUGAACCCCACCAGUUUCAUAUGCACAUUCACCGAAUCCUUCUUUAUUGAAAAAUAAAAUAUAAUUUUUUUCAAAUUC